UUUAGAAGAAUUCGGCUAUCAUUCAAUAAACUGAACAAUGUCACUUUUCCGCUAUAAUCCUCGCGAUUAUUUCUAUACCUCACCGAUGGAACGUUUCAUAGUAAAUGCUCUUGACAGCGCGUUCGGUGACAGAUCUUCAUACCGACCGCUUCAAAGUGUCGCACCAUACUGGCUACAUCAGCCGACGUUGAACGAAUGUAAUAUCGGAAACGCGCUUGGCGAGAUAUUGGAUGAGAAAGACAAGUUUAGAGUUCAAAUUGAUGUUUCCCAUUUUCAUCCCAAGGAACUUUCGGUAUCGGUUCGAGAUCGUGAACUAAGUAUUGAGGGUCAUCACAAGGAGCGUACUGAUCAGUCGGGACAUGGUAGUAUCGAACGUCACUUCGUUCGGAAAAUAUGUUAUGCCAGAAGAAGUGCAACCUGACACCAUCGAGUCACAUUUGUCCGAUAAAGGAGUGUUGACAAUUUCUGCAAGCAAAACAAUUGCCGGCUUACCUGCAGCACGCACCAUACCUAUUCAAGCAUCCCCAAAAGGACCGGAAACAGGUGAAAAACCGACACCGGAUGGCACAGAACAGUCAAAGUGAAAGUUUUGCCUAUGUUCCAUCUACAUAGUACUCUUUAUUUAUUUAUUUUUUCUGUGCAUGUUACAAAGAGAAAAUGUUUCAUUAAUUAAAAUUGAAGGUGUAUUCGCUCCCCCGUCUUUAUGAACAACAAUAACUCUUAGCAUUCGCUGUAAUUCUUAUCGUUCCUUGUCAUUUAUAGUUCUGC